AUGGCACGACAAAGACGGCGACAACAAAACAACGGGGAAAAGCCAAAGCGGACGCGCAGCAAAUCUUCUCAAAACAGGGCUCCCGGGAAGACUACAGGCACCUCUCGAUGUGCUGAUGGUCUAUUCGACGAGGACAUGAACGUUCCAGACGGUCUUCCGCCUUGCCAUGGUCCGAAAUUGCAUCCCUCUGCACUCGCCAACGCGUCGAUCACCUGGAAAGAGAUGCUUGAUGACCACUUGGAACCAUAUUCGGGCCACUCUGAGAUCACAGCACAUGUUUUCAAGGUUGAGAUCGAGUCCAAGCACUACGCUUUGAAGGUGUUUAUGCCGUACUAUACUUCGUAUAACUGCCACCAUUUUUGCACUGCGGGUAUCCGCCGCACCGAAGAAGAGUUGGGUUGGCAUAUUAUGCCCUUUUACUCAGAAUGCCACGCAUACGGUCGAAUCAAGCAGGCGCAAGACAAGUGA